AAAAUUUAGGCCAACAAGGGAUGUUGAAGAUGUUUGGAGUGGUACCAGUAGCCUGCCUCACUUCAUUGCAUACUUAAAGCUUCCAGCUGCAAGUAUAAAGAGGGAAGGAUGUACUGUUGUUUUUUUCUUCCUCUAAACUUCUGGCAGAGGAGAGCUCACAAAUGAUAACUGUUGCCACCUUACUGCAUUUACGGGUGUUGCAGAACUCAAAGUAAAUCAAGACUUGAACUCUCCAAAGUCUAAACGUAAACAGAGGAUAGUUUUUAAUGUAAUGAAUAUAAAUUUUAGAUAAUGUAAUGGUUUCAUAAUGUAAUAGUUGUACAAGAAUCAGACCCCUGUUUCUCCACAGGUUAGGAAUAAUUAUUUCACCACAUCACACUAAUAAUUGCUUCCAUCAAUUGAUGGUAUGCCAAAGGUGUAUUUUUUUGGCAGUUGGUUUGAGACUUGUUUGCUGGUGCUCUCGUGACUAACAGAUGUGACAGAUGGCUGUGAUACCAGAAAGAGAAUUCUUUUCUUCAGUUUUGAAUAACAAAUCCAAGAAAUAACCCUAGUGCAGAAAACAAAGUUGGAAUGACUUUGCUGAAAGAAAUUUGCUAAUAAUUAUUUUUACUCUUUCCGUGUUAUGUUGGCAGUAGAGAAGGAUCAGAGUGGGUGAUUCAGAAAUCAUCAGGCAUGGAAAUAAGGAAUAUCUUGAUACUGAUUAACACCUGGUUAUGUUUGUAUAAUCACACACUGCCAGUCUUCAAAGCAAUUCUGUUAAGUUCUUGUGCACUUCCUACCAUAGAAAGAUUUAAAAUGUUUCCAGAGCCAUUUAAGAAAAUCCAGUAUUGAGGCACAUAUUUUUCCAGUUUAUGAAAUACAAUUUUUUUUUUAAUGAGGAACUCAGUGGUGACAGUUCAUUAGCAUUUUGUAGCUGUUUACUUUUGUCUUCCAGAGGGCUAGAAAUUCAUGGUUUUAGUAUAUGUAAUUUUAAUGAAAAUUGAUCCAGACUGCAAAAUUCAGAUACAUGGUCUGAGUUUAUUCAGGAGCCAUUCUCUUCUCCUGAGUGCCAACUGAUGGGAAUGACUCAAAUAAUUUGAUAUGGGAGAUGCCUCUUUUCCUUCUUCUGUUUUAUCUCCAUAAAGAGCUAAAACUUUUUCUUUCCAUCACAGAAGUAUCAUUUUACUGUUGUAUGCUCUGUACCAUCUUACUCCUGCCUUCCAUGUUGGCACCAGCCUACUGUGGCAGACUGCAGUUAAAAAGGCACAUUGUGCUAAGCAUCAUUUUCCAUGAUUCUUGAUAGUAUAUUUCAGUAUAUUUUCUGUGUGUUAGUAUGUGUAUCACUGCUGAGAUGCUUUGGUAUAAAGUCUUAACUGUAAAUCAAUAGGAUUAAUUGCAUUUUUAUUGGAUGUAUAUAAGUAAUAGAUGCUGACUACUGAUAAAAGGAGUGAAUUUGUUGAAACAGUAAAUCCAGGCAGAAGAGACAAGGUUUCUGUAUUGCCAACAAGAGAUGCUUAUUUAUUCCUUGACAGAUUUAAGAAAUGUCUCAAUGCUGGAGUGUAUAUUUUGAUAUUGUUAUAGAGGUCCUUAGGAGGUAACCCUGAAUGUGAUAUCAUAGACUCUGUAUGAAAUAAGAAUUGAAACAUGUCAGUGUGCUGUGUUAGAUUGCAGUCUGGCAAACCUCUGAUUUACAGCCUUUUUUUUUUCCUGUAUGGUAUUUGGUUUUUGUAUUUUACUCAUUGGAAACAACUCAGUUUAUCCAAAGUCUCACAAACUGAUCAUAAAUGGAUCUGUGUAAUCCUGAGUUCACUGCACUGUACACUAACUUUCUGAAAUUACAUAUACUUAAAACAUUGCUCAUUUGUUUGCACUGGUUUAGUCUGGACAUAUGUUAUAGCUCUUUAUCUCUUGAAAUGCUCCCAGGUUCAGACUGUAAACUUAAAUAUGUGUAGGAAUUCAGGUAUCUUCUUGCUGGUGCUGUGAGCUAAGAGUUUCUGUUCAAGAAAAAUGCAACAGAAAAGGAAGGAACAGAUAUUUACAUUAAAAUUUGUGUAACCACAGAAGAUUCUAAAAGAGUCAGAUGUUGCAGUAUGUAGCCAUUGUAUUCCAUCCUCUUUGUUUGCUGAGGGUUUUCACCCAGCCUCUUUCCAUACUUCUGAGACGUUACAGGUUGAUCAGCCCUGCUGCCUACUUAGAACAGCUCAAUCCUUCAGAAUACAGUUUCUGUCUCCCACCUAUUGCCUACCUGGGUCAGCAGUGAUGACCAGAUUAAUCGAGUGCUCUGUUAUUGACCUUUCUAUGUUGAUUUGUCACAUAUGCACCACUUGCUUUCCUGGUUUAUGCUUUCUGGAAUGCGAUUUAUUUUAUUCAAAAUAUAAUAAAAGAGGAGUUUUAUAAUUGACAAAGUUGCAUACUUUUCUGCCUUCUUCUUUGUAAGUCAUGUGUUUUCUGUGAUUCACUAAAUAUUCUGAUUUAUAUACAGAGAAUUAAAGUGAAUUAAACCAGUUGCUACCUUGAUGCUCUCAACCAUACAUCAGAAGACUGCAGCAAGAAUUGGUGAUCUCUGUGUACAGAAAAUAUGCCUUCUGUUAAUAAUGGGAAUGAGAAUCUGCAUGUUUCUCUUAUGGCAUGAAAUUACAGAAUGACCACAGGUAGUUUGCUGCCUAUACUUCACCUGGAAAUAGGAGAAUAACUCUUGUGCCUAAAAAAUUGGAUUGGAGAUGAAGGUAGAAAAAUCAAGAUGAAAGAGCUAAGUAUCACAGCCAAACAAUGUUUUUAUUUCUUCUCUCUACCCAAAUUUAUAUUGAAAAGUGUAGGUAGAAGGGAAAUGUACUUCAUUUCAAUCUGCUACUGGUUGAGAGGUAUCCUACCAACAUUUCAUAAUGAUUGAAUCGUUAAGGUUUGAAAAGGCCGCUAAGAUCAUCCAGUCCAACUGUCAGUGCCCCCCCACCAUGUCCACUAAACCACGUUCCUGAGCUCCACAUCUGUCUUCUUCUUCACCUCCAGGGACGGUGACUGCACCACUUCCCUGUGCAGCCUGUGACACUGCCUGACCGCUCUUUCUGAGGUGCAGUUUUUCCUAAUAUCCAACCUAAACCUCCCCUGUGCAACUUAACAUUAUUUCUUGUCAUAUCUGUCUUAUCUCAGAGAAGAGGCCAACCCCACCUCGCCACAGCCUCCUUUCAGGGAGCUGUAGAGAACCUCUCCUGCGCCUCCUCUUUUGCAGACCAAACCAUCCCAGUUCCCUCAGCCUCUCCCCCUGUGCUUUAGACUCUUCACAGCUCCGUUGCCCUUCUCUGGACAUGCUCCAGGGCUUCAGUGUCUUGUAGUAAGGGGCCCAAAACUGAGUACAGUACUUAAGAUGUGGCCUCACCUCCUGCCUCCAUCUGCUGGCACUAUUUCUGAUACAAGCCAGGAUGCCACUGGCUUUCUUGGCCACCUGGGCACACUGCUGGCUCAUGUUCAGCCAUCUGUCCACUAAUAGCCUCAGAUCCCUUUUCUCCCUGCAGCUUUACGCUCUGCCCCAAGCCUGUAGCAUUGCCUGGGGUUAUUGUGACCCAAGUGCUGGACCCAGGACUUGAUCUUGUUAAAGCUCAUAGAGUUGGCCUCAGAUGAACUCUUCCUGCCAGCUUGGUGUCAUCUGUGAAUGUACUGAAGGUGCACUCAGUCCCCUCAUCCAGAUCAUCAAUAAAGAAGUUACACAGGACCACCCCAGUACUGACCCCUGGGGAAUACCACUGGUGACUGGCUGCCACACAACUGUGAGAGAUAAAUUUGUUUUCAAGCAUUAGUGUUAAGAUUUUCAUUCCAGUUUUUCAUAAGAACCUUUUUCUCUGUACUUUUUGUAAUCCCCAGGUGAGACGUUUUAGUAAUCUAGUGCCAUUUCUCUACAGAAUGAUGUAACAAUAGUGUAUUUGUGUUGUCUAAUGUCCUAGCAAUCCUUUUACAAGGUAACAGUAAGAUAUUUAGAAGGAUCUGAUGUGGAGUUGUGUUUUUUUUUCCUGAAAAGGAAUGUAAAUUAUGUACAAAUUAAGCCCUGCCCUUUUUUGGCUCACAGCCCAGCCACCAACUACAAAGGAGCAGGAACAACAAAAGGACCUGAGCACACCUGAACAUCUCUGUUUGCCUGAGCGCCUUGUGUUACUAAUUGUUCAGCAAGACAAGUCUCUUGGUCUUACUUGGACAGGAAGCACGGGGAGAACGCUGACAUCCAGGAUUCUACCAAGGCCGUGAUGCAAGAAGGAUCUACUGAGGAGCUUCACAGGGACCUCCUAUGUGAGAGCAAACUAACUGAGCACACCAGAGCACUGGUUAAAAGCAGAAGGACAGUGGUGACAGGAGGUGGAGGCUACCUGGGAUACAAUCUGGGAUGCGCUCUUGUCAAGGCAGGAGUUGCUGUUGUUCUGUUUGACGUACGAGAACCCAAGUGGGAAAUUCCAAAUGGUGCAGACUUUUUCAAGGGUGAUGUGAGGGAUUAUGAAGCAGUGCUCAAAGCAUGUGAAGGGGCUGACUGUGUUUUUCAUGUGGCUGCUUGUGGAAUGUCAGGAUUAGAACAACUUCAAAAGAAAGAGCAGAUUGAAUCCAUAAAUGUUGGUGGCACUGAAGUCAUAAUUGAUGUCUGCAAACAAAGAAAUAUCCCUAGACUGAUAUAUACCAGUACAGUGAACGUGGUAUUUGGAGGGAAUCCUAUUGAAGAAGGAGAUGAAGAAACUGUGCCGUAUUUUCCACUGGAAAAGCAUUUUAAUCAUUACUCUAGAACGAAGGCAAUUGCAGACCAAAUGGUUCUUGCUGCUAAUGGGACGUUGCUAAAAGGAGGCGCCGCGCUCCGCACCUGCGUGCUCCGUCCGCCAGGCAUCUACGGCCCCGGGGAGCAGCGCCACCUGCCGCGGGUAGCCGUAAAUAUCCAGCGGAGACUAUUUAACUUCAAGUUUGGGAAUCACAAAGUUCUGAUGAACUGGGUUCACAUUGGAAACCUGGUACAAGCUCAUUUACUAGCUGCUGAGGCUCUCACCUCUGAGAAGGAUUAUGUAGCUAGUGGACAGGCAUAUUACAUACAUGAUGGUGAAAACGUCGUAUUUUCUGAAUGGAUUGUUCCAUUAUUUGAAAAAUUAGGAUACAGUAAACCCUGGAUACAAAUUCCUAUUCUCCUGGUUCAUAUAGCAGCCGCUGUGAUGGAGUAUCUGCAUCUGGCAUUAAAGCCAUUCUUUAGCUUCACACCUUUCUUGACAAGGAAUGAGGUCUGGAACGUUACUGUAACUCACACUUUCCGAAUAGACAAGGCACGAAAUCAACUUGGUUACAAACCAAAGAAAUUCUCAUUUGCAGAUUCUGUGGAUCAUUAUCUUAAAACAAGACCUGUUUGCCAGGAAGGUCACACGUUCCUUAAAAAGCUCUUUGUUUUUGGUCUUUUGUUAAGUUUAAUCAUUCUUUCCUUCUUCUAACAUCAAACAGCUAUCCACCUGUUCCUGAAAAACUAGUUUUGUUUCUGGGGAUGAAUGGCCUGCUCGUGCUGUAUUCCUCAGUCGCUAUGAAAGUUCUUGUUCUUACUCGUUAUUCUUAUCAUGGUGAUGACUUCUCCCUGGUCUUACCCAAAAUAAAAAAGUGAAAACAAAGUGCAUCAGGAAAUGUUCCAAAGGACAGUGCAGUGACACAGAAUCCAAGGAACUCACCGCUGAUGGGUGAAGGAAGAGUUUGAAUGCACUGGAUCACUACUGGAUCACGUCAUACUGAGAAUGAUUUUCUAAAAACAAUCAUCCAGAAAGGUGAGGAUUUGGAAGAGGAGGAGCCGUCAUAGAAGCGCAGUGCUGUAACAAAACCAGUGGCUCCAAUGAAGAGAAGCCUGUCUCAACGAUUGCUCUGAUGAAGCUGCUGCUACAGCUACUGCAUGUUAGUGCCAGGAAUUACAAAGACCUGGGAAAUACUACAAAAAUAAGUGAAAAUGUACAAAUGACAGGUGCUAAAGGACAAAAGUCGUAUUUAUGUGAAACAGUUCUGUUGUUCAAAAGCAGUGUAAAAGCUGUAAUAAAAUGUAUAUAUAAAAUAAUUUUUAGAUGCAAUAAUAAAUCUCAACUGAACCGAAUACUGCUUUUAAGGAGUCUGUAGAAGGGAGGGGGAUGGCAGGUAACUGGAAUUUAGGAAGGAGCUACUGCUGUCUCUCUGCGUGAGUGCAGCCAGGUCUGCAAUGCUGCCUUGUGCUGGGAUGUUGUCCUUCAGUGAACUGCUGUUGUGGUGUCAGCAGGCAGACCAGAGCUCAGCCCUGAGUUUGGGUCCAACCUCUGCCUUUCUCCUUAAGAUUUCCUUAAGAUCUCCUUAAGAUCUUCUUAACAUUAAGAGUUGCUUGCAGGCUGGACUGUGCUACAUAAGGUCCAUGUGUUCUACAUGUGUACAUAUAAUGUGUUUCCCAGAUGAAUUUUCAUGAGGUUACUCUGGAUCAGGAGAGGCACCCUUGCCAAGGUGAGUCACAGAGGAGAGUGAUGGAAAAGCUCUGCUGCCUGAAUAUCUGCACUCUGUAUUUGUCUUGCCUUUGCAUUAGCAUUUUGUGGGAGUUUUAAGACUGAGAAGUUCAUGGAAACUCUCAUUAUAUCUUUAAA